ACGUGAAACGUUCAGUGGAUACUAUGACUGUCAAUGCGCAAGAAUUAACAUCAAAUCUUGUGUGUUCGAACUUGGCAAGGCGCUGAUCAUAAAACAAUAGCGAAACAAUGGCUUCAAUUGCUAACAAAGGAUCCACACUCAUGUCGACUCUGCUUACCCAGGCUCGGCCUAAGUUCAAUGUUUUCAUGAAAUACGCCCGGGUAGAGCUCACCCCACCAACGCCAGGUGACAUUCCGGCCAUCCGCGAUGGAAUCGCCCGCAUCAUCUCGGGGGCUCGCACCGGCGCGUGGAAGAACUUGACCGUGAAGGAAGCCUGGUUGAAUACACUGGUCACUGCCGAGGUUUGCUUCUGGUUCUAUGUGGGCGAGUGCAUUGGCAAGCGUCAUCUGGUCGGUUAUAAGGUUUAAAUUAGAUUUGAAUCCUUGUAAAACUAGGCGGAACCGAGUGGAAGUGAUUUAGGUCGAAGAAAAACAAAACACAUUACGAGUCGAUAAAUAAUUACUGCUAAGAAAACCAAAGC